GCCAAUAGAUUGAUUAGUCUGAAAAGAACAAAUAAGCUUCUAGCAAAUUACAUGCAAAAAAAUCAUAUAAAAUUAAUCGAAUCUGUACUUUUAGAAGUUUAGUUUUAAAAUGUCACUCUCAGAAAAUACAUCAAAAACAGAAAUGAACAGCAACAUUCAAGAAGCAGACAAGUUAAUAACACAACGUCAAUUUCACAAAGCUUAUCACUAUCUCAAGGUUUCAUUGAAAACUUACGAUGAUGUUGAAUUGUUAUGGCGAUAUGCUCGAGCGUGUUUUUUCUGUGUUUAUUAUGUUCCAACGAAACCAAGUAAAGAACACUGUGAAAAAUAUCUCACUGAAGGGAUGAAUGCUGCUAAGAAGGCAAUGGAAAAAGAUCCUAAUCAUGCUAAUUCUUUGACGUGGUAUGGUAUUUUAUGGGAUGAAUGCAAUCAGUUAAAAGGUUUGGAAGAAAGAUUCAAAUAUGUUUUACAGUUAUAUGAUAUAUGGACGAAAUCACAGAAGAUUGAUCCGAAUAAUUUUGUAACUGAAAGCAGUAUAGGAAUGUGGCAUUUUAUUAUGACAGAAGUAUAUAGUACAAAACCAGAACUGUUGAAAGCUACAAAAUAUACUGGAAAGGAAUUUUCUUAUGAAUUGGCAUUAAAGCACAUGUUGAAAUGUGAAGAAUUGGCUCCUAUGAGAUCUGUAAUAACAUUAGCGUAUUUGGCCAAAUGCUAUGCACGUCUAAAACAAACAGACAAAGCAAAAGAGUUUUGUCACAAAGUACUCAAUUAUCCUGUAAAGCACGUUGAAGCAGAGCAGUCUAAGAAAGAAGUUGAAGAAUUAAUGAAGACACUUAAAUGAUUGUGUUCUAAAAAAAAUUAUUUGUCUUCUAUCACAUUACAAUUUCUAGUGUUUACUAACGUAUUUCGUAGUGUUUUAUGUGAAUGAAUAUUUUAUGAAUAUAUUUGGUGUUUGCUCUCAA